AUGCAUCAACUUCAACCCGAGAAGAAAAGGCUUUGCUUUGAAGUGUCGCCUGUAUGGACCAUUGUGUUCUUAUUCAUUGUGAUGGGGUUGAUCUUUUUUGCCAUAGCGAUCGGAGGAAUUUUUGGCCCAGAUUCGAUAGAAAUUGUUAAAGCAACGGACAGUCAAGGACGAGAAGAAAUAUUAGAAUUUCCCCCCGAAAUAUGGAAGGACACACUUCAAGGCCAAGAGAUUUCGGGAACCUUUGAUGAUCUUUCCGUUUUCAAUGAUGAAAUUCUUUUUACUGUAGUGUUUUUCAAAAAUUCUAGCCUUCAGUCAUUCGGAUUUCAAGAUAUGAUGGAGAUGAAAAUAGGAGUAGAGGGAUCAAAUGAUGAUGUGAAAUGGGAAGAGGUUGCACCACUUGAUAAAACUCACACGAGAGAAUUGACAUGCCCUCAAGAUUCUCUAACAUGUCAACCACUGACGCUAUUUCAAUUAACAAAAAUUUCUUUUAAAAAGUACAAAGCAACAAUUAAGAUAAUCAAUCAAGGAAAGCAAGCUGAUAUGAAUUUGUUUCAGCCUAAACUAUUCUUUAGCUACGCCAGUAUGAAUGACACUUUUGUCAAGUUAGAAAUUGCUUUCCGAUAUAUCUUUUUGUUCUUUAACGUGGCUAUUUUAGCUCUAUUCUUGAUCUUUACUAGAUACAAGCAACCAUUCUCAUUAUGGCACACGGAGCAAAAGUGGAUCGCCUUUGUUCUGUUUUUCUUAAUUCUUUAUAACAAUCCUAUCUACGUACUUCAAUAUUUGUCUGACCUCUGGCUCUUUAAUUUAUUGAAUAUUCUCUUUAAGGUGACAUAUAUUGCUAUUUUAUUGUUUAGCUUUUUGGUGUUUACACACUCAAUUUAUACAAAAGAGGAAAACCGUGGCGUAUUUUCAUUCUACUUUCCAAAGGGCAUACUUGUCAUCACACUUUGGAUUCUAACUGUAGUAUCUUUCAUUUUAGUGAGCAUUACCAAAAAGUAUGACAUUGCUUAUGCAUUUGAAGAGCUUGCUUAUCACAACUAUAUUGCUGCUUCCAUUGUCACUUUGUUGGGAGUAUAUAUUUUACUUCUUCUUUACUAUAUUGUUCGAGGAAUCGGAAUGAUGAAAGAUCUUCCAACAAAAUACUCUGCCAAGUUUAAGAUUGUAUAUGGAGUGACCUUGUUUGUUUUAGUUGUUGCCAUAGCUGCAUCUGUAAUUUCGUACUCAUUUGGUAAGCUCACAUCUUUCUUGUUUUUGGCAACCUUGGCACUUCUAAAUUUAUGGCCCUUUGCGUUGGCAAUUUUCUUCCUCCCUUCCAAUGAGAAACAUAUUGGAGAAGAUAAGGAUGAAAUCAGAAUACUUCAAGGUGCUGAUGAGGAAGACGAUGAAGAGCUGGUUGUUCAAGACGAGGAUGAAGAGCAAUAA